AUGAGACUUUUCUUCCUUGUUCUAUCACUGGACGCAUUCAAGGUCAAUACACGAAACAACAACUUAGACCAGUGGGCCAGCACAGCCGCCAGUCAGGGCUGGGAUCCGUCGCUAAAUGGAGAUAUUUCGAGAUUAUUGUCCGAUGCUGGCAUCGCUCGUAAUUUGAAGAAGUUUACGAAUAUGAAAUUUAGUAAACGAAGUCCGAGCUUCGAGGAUGGAUAUUAUUGA